AUGAACCUGACAGAGUUUAAACAGAGUUUAGUUUAUAAUGGAAACUACAUGGAUUCUGUAAUUUGUCCUGGAGAGUGUGUAUUAAUUCUAAAUGAGGUUUGGACUGUAAUUGAUCUCAUAUAUUCAUUUAUAUUUCCUCUUUCUGUCAUAAUCAUAUUGUAUACUCUAGUGUUUGUGAUUGCUAAGAAACAUGCCACUGCUAUCAGAGAGCUUAAUAAUCACACACGGCCUCAAACACAGAAACUCACCUCAUACUCCAUGAAAUCUGAGAGAAAAGCAGCUAAAGUCCUCGGUAUUUUAGUGUCUGUGUUUCUGAUGUGUUUACUUCCAUAUUUUAUUUACAGUUUAUUAGGAAAUGUUAUUGAAGUACAGACAAAAACUAUUCAGAAACUUAUUAUCCUACUUUAUCUUAAUUCCACCUUAAAUCCAUUUAUUUAUGCUCUGUUUUACCCGUGGUUCAGGAGGUGUGUUAAAUUAAUCAUAAAUCUGCGAAUAUUUCAAACAGACUCUGCAUUAAUUAAUGUCCUUUUAUGA